AUGACGCCCUCGUCGUCCAGUCAGGGAGGCCGUCGACUGAGCGAUCUCACAAACUACCGCCGCGACCUGGCCGUGCUCGAUCCGCCGCGAGGCCACCCCAACCCCAACUACCCUCCGAGCCUCGUCGACGAGUCCGCCGACAACAUGUCCAUCUUCUCGCAAUUCUCUCCCGGGCUGCACGGCAUGGGAUCUCGCACCGGCGCCAGCUCGUCGCUGGGCCUGCAGGACUCUCCCGAGCAGCUCUACUACACAGACGGCCGACGGCCCUCGGCUGCUAGUGUCACCACGACGGCUAGCAGUACUGGCUCCAAGGCUAGCGGUCCCCGUGGCGGCUUUCGCAAGCUGCAGGGCUUCUUCGGCGAGGAGUUUCCUGGGCGCGACAGCUCCGAGAGCAGCCUCCCAAACUCUUAUAUGGGCAAGGACCAGCGAUCGCGCUCCUACAGUCACACUCGCCCAACGCACCGCGAUCGCAACUACUCCAAUGCCACCGAUCAUACCAGGGAUGCCUCGCCUGCUUCGUCACGGCCCAGGACCCCAGUUCCGGCCCCUGAAGUAGUGCCCUUUCUGUAUCAGGAUAACAAUGACAUUGCGCGAUAUGGAGAGGCGCCAGUCAGAGACAUCAUGACGGGCCCCGAUCGGGAACGAUACAUGUCGGAUGGCGCGCCCCAGGUGCCGCCCAAGUCCUCGUCCUCGUCUCGCCCCGGCAUCGUCCACCUCCCCGGCCACCAUCACCGCCAUAACAAGAGCAUCGAUGAUCCCAGGAGCCUGCGGCCGACCACCUCUCGGGAGGACUCCACGAGCAGCUCAUAUCCGCGCGACCGAGGGGGCAUGGCCGGCACGCUCUUCAGCAGCUCGCGCUCCCGAGCCCAGAGCCCGACGCCGAGCGUCGGCAGCGGACAUGCGCCCUACUCCAGGUCUGGCCAGGCCGAGGGACACGCUUCCCCUGGCCACCAUGGCAAGCUUGGCUUCAUUGGCCGUCUGCGACGGCAGCACAAGGACAAGGACGAUGGCGCCGGCGGCGGCUCCAAGUUGAAGGAUCUUCCUCAGUCUACCAGGUCUUUGCAGGCAAAGUCUUCCAAGACGGACUUGACGCGCCCCGAGCUGUCGCCAUCUGCCUUCCCUUCCUCCUUCGUCCUCCCCUCUGGCGACGUGUCCGAUGCCUCGGAAACCCGGUCCCUGACGGCGCCCCGCGCGACCUUCAAGAACACCUUUCCAUUCUCCAAGAAGCAGCGACCCGCCCGGCUCAACGACGCUGACGAGACCAUCGGACCGACCGACCGCGCGGAAACGGGCCACAUCCACCAUCUCGACACCAACUUGAACGAUAUGGAAGGUAUUCUGGCCAAGCCACCCCCAUUGACCCCCAUGGACACAUCCUUCGUAAAUAACAUCGACCCUGACCCCAUCGAUUCGGCAGUUUCACCGCCGAAGGGAGGAAGCUGGGAUGCCCCUGACAGCUGGGCCGUCCGCCGAGGCACCGAGGACACCACGAUACAGCAGCCCGAGGUGGAAGAGCUCUCGAGCCCCCCGCGGCCCGAGGAGAAGCUGACGCCCUACUUCAUUCGCAUCUUCCGAUCGGACGGGACCUUUUCGACACAUUCCAUGGCUCUGGACGCCACAGUGGCCGAGGUCAUAUCCCAAGUGAUUAAGAAGACAUAUGUUGUUGAUGGCCUCGAAAACUACCACAUCAUCAUGAAGAAGCACGAUCUCAUCCGCGUCCUGACGCCGGGCGAGCGGCCCCUGCUCAUACAGAAGCGCCUCUUGCAGCAGGUCGGCUACGAGGAGAAGGACAGGAUAGAGGAGCUGGGUCGGGAGGACAACGGCUACCUGUGCCGUUUCAUGUUCCUGUCUGCUCGGGAGAGCGACUUCCACUCAAAGACUGCGGACCUGGGCAUCAAGGCCACGCAAAAGGUUAACUACGUCGACCUCUCUGGUCGCAAUCUCGUCACCAUCCCCAUCUCCCUCUACCUCAAGGCUAACGAUAUCAUUUCUCUCAACCUUUCCCGUAACCUGUCUCUGGAUGUGCCCAGGGACUUUAUCCAAUCCUGCAAGAACCUCCGAGACAUCAAGUUCAAUAACAAUGAAGCAAGAAAACUGCCCCUCAGUCUUGGCCGCGCUGCAAGGUUGACAUAUCUGGACGCGUCGAACAAUCGGCUGGAGCAACUGGACAAUGCCGAACUCAACGCGCUGACCGGCCUGCUGAGGAUGAACCUUGCCAACAACCGAUUGACGCAUCUGCCUCCUUACUUUGGCGCAUACCAGGCGCUGAGGAGCUUGAACAUCUCCUCCAACUUCCUGGAAUCGUUCCCGCCCUUCUUGUGCGACCUGCAUAGCCUGGUCGACUUGGAUCUCAGCUUCAACUCCAUCGCCGAGCUACCGGAGGAGAUUGGCCAGCUCAAGAGCCUGGAGAAGCUGUUGAUCACCAACAACCAUCUCAGCGGAGGCGUUCCGCGCACGUUCCGCGACCUCAUCAGCUUGCGCGAGCUCGACAUCAAGUACAACUACAUCACCAACAUCGACGUCAUAUCGGAGCUGCCGAAGCUGGAGAUCUUGUACGCCGCGCACAACCACAUCUCGGCCUUUGUCGGCAAGUUUGAGCGCAUUCGACAACUCAAGCUGAACUCGAAUCCGCUCAACAAGUUCGAAAUCACGGAGCCUAUCCCGACCCUCAAGACGCUCAACCUUUCACAAGGCCAGCUGGCGAGCAUCGACUCCGCAUUCUCCAACAUGCCCAAUUUGGAGCGCCUCAUCCUCGACAAGAACCAUUUCGUUUCGUUGCCGCCCCAGAUCGGCGCGCUGGGCCGUCUGGAGCACUUCAGCAUCGCCCACAACUCCGUUGGCGAACUGCCACCCCAGAUUGGCUGCCUGACGGAGCUGAGGGUCCUCGAUGUCCGGGACAACAACAUCUCCAAGCUGCCCAUGGAGAUAUGGUGGGCCAACAAGCUCGAGACCUUCAACGCCUCCUCCAACAUGCUGGAAGCCUUCCCCAAGGCCGCGUCAAGGGCGCCCAGGCUGCCCGGCGAAGAGCUUCAGGGGCCGCCCUCUACGAAUGGCAAGUCGGCUCCAUUGGGCACGCUUUCCACCUCGGGCAGCUCUGAAGAACUGGAAGAGGAGCGCCGGCCCAGCCAAGCAUCUAGCACCACUCUGCUGAGCGUGGGCCCGUCGCCCAAUAUACCCGGAGCAGACCGAAAGAGCUCCGUCGUAUCCGUCUAUGGCAAGGGCGGACGUAAGACGUCUGUCAUGUCAAAGAGCACCUCACAAUCGCACAACACGGUCUCCACUUCGAAUCAGUCUCUGAGAAAGGACUCAGGCUUGUCGUCGAGAUUGACCAACACGUUUGCCGGAUCGUUGCGCAAUCUUUACCUGGCAGACAAUCGACUCGACGAUGACGUGUUUGACCAGAUCACUCUUCUCGCCGAGCUCCGGGUGCUUAACCUAUCGUACAACUGGGAAAUCAGCGAUAUGCCCCAGAGAUCAAUGAAGAGCUGGCCGCAGCUGGUGGAGCUCUAUCUAUCCGGAAACGUGUUGACGAGCCUACCGGCAGAUGACUUGGAAGAAUCCAGUCUUCUUCAAACGCUGUACAUCAAUGGCAACAAAUUUACGAAUCUGCCAGCCGACAUUUCGAGAGCGAAGAAGCUUGCGGUUCUGGACUGCGGUAAUAACUCGCUAAAGUACAACAUUGCCAACGUUCCAUACGACUGGAACUGGAACCUGAACCCCAACCUGAGAUACCUCAACCUUUCAGGCAACAAGCGACUCGAGAUCAAACAGACGGCAUGGGGCGGCAUCGACGGCCCCGGCGCCGUGAAUCGGGAGGAGUACACCGACUUCAGCCGACUGACCAACCUGAGGAUCCUGGGACUGAUGGACGUGACUCUAACGCAGCCCAGCAUACCCGACCAAAGCGAAGACAGGCGAGUCAGAACAUCUGGCUCUCUGGCAGGCCACUUGCCAUAUGGUAUGGCCGACACUCUGGGUAAGAACGAGCACCUGUCGACCGUCGACCUCGUCGUUCCGCGCUUCAACUCUUCCGAGACGGAGAUGCUCCUUGGCCUCUUUGACGGCCAGGCUUUGUCAAACAGCGGGUCCAAGAUUGCCAAGUAUCUCCACGAGAACUUUGGACACAUCUUUGCUCAGGAGCUCAAGGCUCUGAAGACGCGCCAAAACGAAACGCCCGUCGACGCGCUCCGAAGGGCAUUCUUGGCCCUCAACAAGGAACUGGUGACGGUCGCCGUCCAGUACUCGGAGGAUCGGAAAAAGAAGUCGCAUCGGGUCGCCACCGUUUUGUACCUUCAGGGCACGGAACUAUACGUGGCAAACGUCGGAGAUGUGCAAGCCAUGGUUAUCAAGACCGAUAGCAAGCACCACAUCCUGACCCGAAAACACGAUCCUGCAGAGCCUUCGGAACGAUCGAGGAUCCGCGAAGCCGGCGGGUGGGUGUCGCGCAAUGGGCGACUCAACGAUGUGCUGCAGGUCUCACGAGCCUUUGGAUAUGUCGAUAUGAUGCCCGCUGUCAUGGCCGCACCCCAUGUAACCAACAUGACCAUCCGAGAGAACGACGACAUCAUUGUCAUGGCCACAAGCGAGCUGUGGGAGUAUCUGCCACCCGGCCUCGUCACUGAUAUUGCGCGAGCCGAGCGCCAGGAUCUCAUGCGUGCCGCCCAGAAGCUCCGCGACAUCGCAAUGGCAUACGGCGCAUCCGGGAAGAUCAUGGUCAUGAUGAUCAGCGUCGUUGACCUUAAGAGGAGGGUGGAGCGCUCCCGCCUUCAUCGUGGCACGAGUAUGUCUCUGUACCCUUCGGGCGUGCCCGCAGAGGCCCCCUAUCUCCUCUCGACGAGGAGGGGACGGAAGGGCAAGGCGGACGUCCUCGACUCCUCCCUCAACCGUCUCGAAGCCGAGAUCCCCGCUCCGACUGGCAACGUCUCCAUCGUCUUUACAGAUAUCAAGAACUCGACGACACUCUGGGAGAUGUACCCAAAUGCGAUGCGCUCAGCUAUCAAGCUGCACAACGAGGUUAUGCGGCGACAACUGCGUCGGAUCGGAGGAUACGAAGUCAAGACGGAAGGCGACGCCUUCAUGGUGUCGUUUCCCACUGCGACUUCGGCUCUCCUCUGGUGCUUUGCCGUGCAGAUGGAACUUCUCGAAGUCCCUUGGCCGUCCGAGGUUCUCAACUCCAUGUCGUGUCAGCCAAUCCAUGACAAGGAGAACGCACUCAUCUUCAAGGGUCUGUCUGUUCGCAUGGGCAUUCAUUACGGAGACUGCGUGUCCGAAACAGACCCCGUCACCCGCCGCAUGGACUACUUUGGCCCCAUGGUCAACAAGGCAUCGCGAAUUUCCGCUUGUGCUGAUGGUGGCCAGAUCACCGUAUCUUCAGACUUUAUCUCUGAAAUCCAGCGCUGUCUUGAGAACUUCCAGGACACGGACCGAAAUGUAUCCACCGGGUCGGAAGCCUCCUUUGACGACGUGUCGCUUGCAACUGCUAUCCGCAAGGAUCUGAGAUCUCUGACCUCUCAGGGAUUCGAGGUCAAGGAGAUGGGAGAAAAGAAGCUCAAGGGCCUCGAAAACCCAGAGGUUGUUUAUUCGCUGUACCCGCAUGCCUUGACUGGCCGCAUUGAAUAUCACUUACAGCAUGAGCGUCAAGAUCUGUUGGCGGACAAGCCGACCUCAGUCAUGCCCGGCGGCGAGCUUCCGUUUGAUCCGGACAUGAUAUGGUCCUUGUGGCGAGUCAGCUUGCGUCUCGAGAUGCUGUGCAGCACUUUGGAGGAAGUCAGGGGCCCCGGACUUCAGCCGCCCGAAACGGAACUUUUGGAACGCAUGAAGACUCGGGGUGGUGAAGUCACUGAACGCUUCUUGAUCAACUUUAUGGAACAUCAAGUAAGCCGGAUAGAGACUUGUGUAUCGACCCUGACGAUGCGCCAUCUUGCUAUUGGAGGCGGGGCUCUUCGAGAGCUGAACCAGCUUCGUGCUCCCAUGGCUGCGGUUUUCGACUACUUCCUCAAGCAGAAGGAAGAGCUGGAGCGCUACAAGCAAAAGUACGGCGAGCUCAGCGACGCUGAACCGAGCAACGGGGCGACUGAGAACGGUGAUGGAAGCGACACUGAGCAGGAGAAAUAA